GUCCGUCCGCCCGGGGCGCGGAGCCCUCGCUGGGCCGGAGGGAGCAGCGCCGGCGGGUGGCGCGGGAGUCGGAGCCGCGCGCCCCUCUGCGUCCUGGGCCGGCGCCCGGCCGGAGCGCCGGGGCACCAUGGUGUUGGAGCAGGAGCACGUUCGUAGUUCCUUGCAAUUCUGAGGCACAAAAGUAGGUGAGACUGCUUUUGUAUCUGCGAAGUGCUUCACUCCUGAAUGUAAUUCUAGCUGAGUGCAAUCUAGGUUAAGAGCCGGACAAGCGGGUAAUUAGAGCCCGCUCGCUGCCUGCCCGAGGACCGACCGCCCCGCCAAGCGCGCCCCGAGUCGGCGCCCUUCUCCCGGCCGAGCCGAGCUGCGGCUGGACACGGAGCGCCCGAGAUGAUGGUGCUGGACAAGGAGGACGGUGUGCCGAUGCUCUCCGUCCAACCCAAAGGGAAGCAGAAGGGCUGUGCAGGCUGUAACCGCAAGAUCAAGGACCGCUACCUGCUAAAGGCCCUGGACAAGUACUGGCAUGAGGACUGCCUCAAGUGUGCCUGCUGUGAUUGCCGCCUGGGCGAGGUGGGCUCCACCCUCUACACCAAGGCCAACCUCAUCCUCUGCCGGCGCGACUACCUGAGGCUCUUUGGCACCACAGGAAACUGUGCUGCCUGCAGCAAGCUGAUCCCAGCCUUUGAGAUGGUGAUGAGGGCCCGGGACAAUGUGUAUCACCUCGACUGCUUCGCCUGCCAGCUCUGCAACCAGAGAUUUUGUGUGGGAGACAAAUUCUUCCUGAAGAACAACAUGAUCUUGUGUCAGAUGGACUAUGAGGAGGGGCAGCUCAACGGCACCUUUGAAUCCCAGGUUCAGUAACACCCGGCGCCCGGCCUCCAGGCCCAUCCAUCCUUCUGCCCGCCUGCCCACCCUCCUAGCAGGCCAGCCAGACCCUCUGCCGCCACCGGCUAGCCAGCUGGCUGUCCUGCCGAAUCCGAACUUCUCCAUCUUGGAUGGGAGGACGGCCUUUCCUCUACUGCUGCCACCCCUCUGUGUGUGACCCCUCCUGGGGCCGGGCUGGGCCUGUACAGUCUGUCUUCUGUAUAUAAAUGGGAACAUUUAUUUUAUGAGAAAUGUAAUGCGAUUUUAUUACUGGCGUGGAUUAAACUUAUGAAUGUUUCCGGGGA